CAGGAGAUAUCAGGACAAUAUGUACCAUGAUAAUUAUGGUCACGUGUUAAGCAAACUAUAUAUAUCCGAUCAUAAUUAUAACUGAUCUUUGGACAAGGAAGUUUGUAAGUAACAACAGAAUGGCAAUGUCGGUGGCGGUGACAGACGCUUUUAAUGAUCUGCUAACUUGUACAAUCUGUUUGGAGACAUUCAAAGAACCUAAGUAUCUGCCGUGUCUGCAUACGUUUUGUAAGUCGUGUAUUAAUACAUAUAUUGUAUCAACCGUGAAAGGGAAUAAUCCUAAUGGAUUCAAUUGUCCCGUAAUUCGUCGAUCUAUGCCAGUGAAUGAAAAUGAUGAGAAGCCUGACACUUGGAUAGUUCCCAUCAACGAUAUUAAGGCAGACACUGCCGUUUCCGGUCUAUUUGCGCAUGUCACUUGUAAAGAACAUCCCGACAAGACGAUAGAGGUGUACUGUCAGGAUCAUUCCAAACCUUGUUGUACAGUUUGCGCAACUGUCCACCACAGAAAAUGUGAACAAGUUGUCACUAUCGAUAAAGCGGUGAUUGGGAUAAAAGAAUCCGAUAAAGCAACAAACUUGAUGACAAAGUUAACAGAAACAAGUGACACAUUAGAAUAUGUUCUACAGAACCGAAAUACCAAUAAAGAAAACUUUAAAAAUGGCAUAGAAACCGUUCUAGAAGAAAUCCCGAAAUUGCGAGAAAAAGUUUGUAAUCAUUUAAAUGAACUGGAGAAAAAACUUCGGGACGAGGCCAACAGUAGCAGGAAAGAAAAGAUAAAUAAGCUUGAUGACGAAACAACAGAUUUGUCCAGCCUAAAAAAUACAGUUGAUAACUGGAAGAAUAUAUUCGAAGCUUGUAUAUCUCAAGGAUCAGAAAUACAAUGCCUGGUCAAGAUGGACGAGAUUCUAAACAAUCUUCCUCAAACUGAAAAUGACAUUUAUCAACUUCUUCGUGAAAUAAGGAUUAUAUCCGUAAAGUUUGAACAUAAAGAUAUCAUUUCAGAAAUUCAUUCUCUCGGUAGUUUGAUUUUUGAUGAGCACCUGCCUUCUAUUCCCGGAGUGAAGAUAGCAAAUUACCAUACUGGGAAAAUCAAAAUAGUGUUCACAAUUGAUGUUACAACAGCUGCUGUUAGUGGGAUAUUCUUUAAUAAUGAUAUCAUUUUGACCCACUAUAGUCAAUAUAAGAUCGUGUACUACGACAACAAAGGACAAGAACAAGAACAGUUAAAUAUUCCUAACCUUGUAACAGAUAUAGCGAAAGUGAAUGAUCAAACAGUCGCUGUGUCUUCAAAUGAACAGAAGAUUUUGGUUAUUAACGUUAAACCGCUGACUAUACUAAAGACAUUAAAUAUCAGCAAUCCUGUUUGGGGUAUUUCGUUCUGUGAAAACGAAUUUAUUACUGCUAAUGGCAAAAAAAUAUCUUGGUUAAACACUGAAAAUGGUACAGUAGUUAGAAGUCAACCAACAACAGCAGACAUAAGACAUGUUUAUUGCUACAAGAAAAAUGAGUUCAUCUACUGGGAUAGUGGAAAUUCUAUUAAAAGAGAGAGCAAUGAUGGAAAAAGCUUUACGUACAACCACAGUCUGUUACAACGCCCCUUCUCCCAAGACGUCGAUAGCGACGGAAACAUUUAUACAACCGGAUAUGAUUCCAACAACAUUCAUCAGUUGACAUCUACUGGAAAACUCAUACGAAUCAUUCCUAUAUCAGAUAUAGGCAAUACCAUCACAGCUGCACCAUGGGUAAUACGGUUCCAGUCAAACAGUAACAGAUUUAUACUAACCUUUAAUGGUGGUGCUAGUAAAGUCCUUGUGUGUGAAAUUGAUUAAAUUCACUUAGAAUAACAAUUAUUAAAAGCUGACAUGCGAUGGGGACAGUGUUUACCUGCAAGGAGUAUGAGACCAUUUCUUGCAGAUAUCGAAAAAUGGCAUAACAGAUAUAGUUAGUACUUAACUUUCCCGAACAUUGAUGACGUUUGUUUUGUGAUGACAAUAUUUGACAUUUCGUUAUAUUUAAUAAAAUUGAGAAUGGAAA